UAUAACAUCAAGGAUGAAACACCGAUCAUAGUUUAUAAUUAUAGGAAAUAUAAGUAACAUCAGAGUGUUUUACGAUAGUUUUUAAAACAUCUGCAUCGGAACAUGAAGAUUUUUUAUUUGAUGGUGUCGCUGAUGGGCGUUGCAUAUUGUAAAAAAUUACCAUCUUUCUUAGAAAUAUGCAGCAGAUCGGAUCCCAAAAUUUUAGAAUGCUUGCACAGAAACAUAGACACGUUGCGCCCCAUGUUCCUCGAAGGUGUUCCAGAACUUCAAAUACCUUCGUUGAAUCCUCUCCUUAUCGAUACAGUCACUUUUGGAGACGAUGUCGGUAUCAAGGUAGAAUUCACGAACCUUCGGAUCUAUCAAUUGAAUAACUUCACCAUCGAAAAAUUAGAUCUCGAUUUGGAUAAUUUCAAACUGGACUUGACACUUACGUUUCCUAGAUUGAGGAUACUGGCAGAUUGUCAUAUCACAGGAAAAUUUUUGGGUUUGGAGUUAGAUGGCAGAGGCCCAGCCGAUGGAAAUUAUACCGAUGUUAGAGGACACUUCAAAGGGGAAGGAUCACGAAUAAAUACAAACGGGAAGGACUACGUCAACAUAGACAAAACCUUGGUCGACAUGGAAAUCGGAAAGGCGCAUCUCUAUUUCGAUCGCAUUUUUGGAGACCAAGAAGACCUCAACGCCAACACGAAUAAAUUGAUCAACGACAACAUAAAGGCGUUCAUCAAAGAACUGAAACCAGUCGUAGCUAAAAUCGUAGAAGAAUUCAUAGGAGGGAUUACCAAGAGACUGUUCAAGAAGUACCCCUUCGAUGAUUUGUUCAAACCUUGAGAGACAUGGGUUUGUUUAAAAUGAAUUGUAUGAAGCUGAUACAUAAUUAAUAUUUUAAUCUUUUAUGUUCAUUAUUUUUUGUUCGAUGUGGAUUUUAUAUAAAAUUAUACUGCUGAAAAUCAA